CCAUGGCAGAAGAAUUGUUUCUGGAGAGCUUUGACCUGGACUGUAGUGGAAAUAACCGCAGUCACCGAACCGCAGAAGCCAGCUGCGAGCGUCUGAUUGUCCGGAGAGGCCAGCCCUUUCAAAUAACCCUGAACUUUGCCCCACGGGGCUAUGAAGAAGGGGUGGAUAGAUUGUCACUCAAUGCUAUAACAGGUCCAUGCCCCUCUGAAGAAUCAGGCACCAGUAAUAAUUUCCCAGUCUCGGAUGCUCUGCAAGAUGGAGCAUGGAGCGCAGCUAUCAACAGCACUGAUGGAGGCACAGUCAUUCUUUCUAUCACCUCGCCCCCUAAUGCCCGCAUUGGCUACUAUAACCUCAGCUUGGAGACCUCCACUGAAUACCAAGGAUCCAGCUUCCAGCUUGGAAGUUUCACACUGCUGUUCAACCCAUGGUGCCCAGAGGACUCUGUAUACCUGGAGAAAAAAGACGAAAGAAAAGAAUAUGUACUAUGCCAGCAUGGGAUCAUUUUCCAAGGGACAAAGAACUCAACUGAUCAUGUUCCCUGGAAUUUUGGACAGUUUGAAGAUGGGAUUUUGGAGAUUGCUCUUCAGAUUUUAGAUACCAGCCCCAAGUUCCUAAAUGACUCCAACCGGGACUGCUCCCGACGGAACGACCCGGUGUAUAUCAGUCGUGUGAUUAGUGCCAUGGUGAACUGUAAUGACGACAAAGGGGUUCUCUAUGGACGCUGGGAUAACAAAUAUGAUGAUGGAGUCAGCCCCAUGUUUUGGAUGGGAAGUGUCGCAAUCUUACGCCGCUGGAAGAAAUUUGGUUGCCAGGCAGUAAAAUAUGGGCAGUGUUGGGUCUUUGCUGCUGUGGCAUGUACAGUAUUACGGUGCCUGGGAAUUCCAGCCCGGGUCAUCACUAACUACAACUCAGCACAUGACACAAACAGCAACCUCCUAAUUGAACAGUACCUGGAUGAACAUGGGAAGAGGCAGUCAAAGCAGAAAGACUUAAUCUGGAACUACCACUGUUGGGUGGAGGUGUGGAUGGCACGUCCAGAUCUGGGCGAGGAUUACAAUGGAUGGCAGGUUGUGGAUCCAACUCCACAGGAGAAAAGUGAAGGAACAUACUGCUGUGGCCCGGCUCCUGUGAACGCUGUGAAGGAAGGAGACCUGAAUGUGAAAUAUGAUGUCCCCUUUGUUUUUGCGGAGGUAAAUGCAGAUGUGAUGUAUUAUGUACAACAGAACGAUGGAUCUGUCAAGAAAACCCAUUCUAUUUCACUGGUGGGUCAGAAUAUCAGCACUAAAGCGAUUGGAAAAGAUGAACGAGAAGACAUAACUCACAACUACAAGUACCCUGAGGGCUCACAAGAUGAAAGGCGUGUGUUUGAGAAAGCCAACAAACAAUUUGUAGAAGCAGAAGAAGAAGAGGAAAAACCUCUCGAUGUCACCAUCAAGAUUAAAGUCUCUGAGGGGAUGAACAUAGGCUCUGACUUUGAUGUUUUUGCUGUGAUCACUAAUAACACAGAGGAUGAGAAAAAGUGCCGCCUUAUGUUCUGCGCUCGCACCACCAGCUACAAUGGAGAAGUGGGACCAGAAUGUGGCAUGAAAGACCUUCUCAAUCUCACAUUGCCGCCCCAGGAAGAGAAGAGGGUGCCUCUGCAUAUCCAGUAUGAGAAGUACGGCCCCACGAUAACCGAGAACAACAUGAUCAAGCUGGUAGCCAUGCUGUACGAUUACUCUUCUAAGGACAUUAUCUUGGCCAUUAGAGACAUCCAUAUUAAGAAUCCAAGCAUCAAAAUAAAGAUUCUGGGGGAGCCCAAGCAGAAGAGGAAGCUGGUGGCUGAGAUUUCUUUAAAGAAUCCUCUGGCCGAGCCACUGACAGGCUGCUGCUUCACAGUGGAGGGGGCCGGGCUGACAGCAGAGCAACUGGUCCAAACUCUUGAUUGCCCCAUUGAGCCUGGGCAGGAAGCCAAAGUGAGAGUUGAUCUAAUGCCCCAGCUACCCGGUAAGCUCAGUCUGGUAGUGGAUUUCGAGAGUGACCUCCUAAAAGCAGUGAAAGGCUACAGGAACAUCAUCAUUGCACCCCUUCCAAAGUGAGAGCCGAAGCACUGCGGUGGGGUGGUUUCAUAUUACUGUCCUUGAAUGUGAGCCUUUUGUAUUCCUGCGUAUAUACAAUCAACAUAUUCCAUGCACAUUUCUCUGUGGCCCUGGAGCUUGGAAUGAAGCUGCUUUUUUCCCUUCUCCCUCAGCAGGAUGAGGUCUGCACAAUAUUUGAUGUUGCAGCCCAUACUGUCAUUAAGCCCCAAUACUGUCAGCCAUCGCUCUGCUCAGAUCCACUCUCAAUGGACUGGGUGUUGCCAGUAUACGGGAGUCGAGUUACCUCCAGGACUAAACACCACCAAACUGAAACUCAGAGCUGUAAAUAACACAUUGUACCCAUGUAUUAAAAGCACUGUUUCUAUGAA